AACAAUUGGUUUUCCAUCGUCCAUUAACCUAAUGAAAGCAAUUACCAUCCGGUCUAUACUCAUUCUUCCGCUACUCUGUACGGCCAAUAAAGCUGCUUCUCCAUCUUCAUCCUCACUUGCCGAAACAUCUCACGCCAAUGCCUUCAUGGAUACCAUUCAGUGGAGUGCGGCUGCGUACAUACGAUUCACCGACACCAUAGCUGCCCGUUUUGCGGGCAAAUCAAAAGAAGUUUCACCUUUAUCAAAUUGGAGGGUAAAAAAGAGGGACAAGCGUGCUAGCGGACCAUCCCAGGAUGCCGUGGCACCAACUCAGAACCUUGAAGUGACAUCGAAAAUUCAUCUUCAUACACGUCAAGCGUCCUGUAAUUGGGGACAUAGUGUCGAUGCGACCCUCACCCCCGUGUACAACUGCACGAAUACGUUGCUGAGCCAAGCCCAAUUUGCAUCCAAGCAAUCCAAUACACUCUGCUCAAGCUGCGCGAGCACGGAUCUAGCAUGUCAACAGGACUGUUGCACUACGAUCACUACUGGAACUCACUGCGUCUGCCCUGUCGACACCCGCGGCCCUAACUGUGCCUCUGAUUGGAAUUACUUUCUCUGCACUCCUACAUUGAUGGAUCCUUCUCUGAACGCUUGCAAAUCAUGGGGCCUGCUGCCAGAUCAACAAACCGCAAUAAAUGAUUACAACAAUACGGAUGUUGCUUGUCCACGGUUCCCAGUGCAGGGUACCUUGAAUCUCAAGUUCACGGUGUCGUGCAGUCAGCAGAACCGGCUACGGGUGAAUUUAACGAGACAGACUCAUGGAGACGGUUCAGUAUCUUUUACUGACGGGGAGUUUCAGUAUGAUGUCGGAAAUCAAGACAUGUUUGCUUACUCGCACUACGACGCAGCAAACACACAGUUUCGACUCAAGUUCUUCAACUUUUUCCGUCUUUCCGAUCAGUCCCACGUCUAUUUCACCCCAAUGAGCAGCCCCCUAUCCUUUGUCGGAGAACAAUUUCUCAACUUUACAGUUGAUAUUGGCAAUCUUACAACAUCCAGCUAUAGUAGGACGAGAAAUGAAUUUAUUCCUGGAGGUCGACUGUACUUUGAAGGAGGAGUGUAUAAUCGCUUUUCCGUUGGUGGACUUGCCAGAACCACUAGGUACGCAAACUUCAUUGAUUUUUAUUCCCCGGUUCCCCAGUCUGGAAAUGCACCACCAUACACGGCCCAAAAGGAUUCUUUAUCUAUCGGGGCGAUUGUCGGAAUCGUCAUUGCCUGCGUCGUAGUGGCAAUAAGUGUGAUUAAUUGUUGCAUAAAAGAAAAACGACGCAGGAAGAAAGCCCGAUAGUUGUAGUUUAAGUGUUUGUUUAUAUGACUCUGGUACAACAAAAAUUCAGUGUGGACGUGCAAGUCCACCACAUCAAUCUUUUCCGCCCAAAUUCAACAUCAACAUCAUACAAUAAAUCGUUAAGGACAAUAUAUUUAUCAAUGAUCCAUA